AUGACCCUUAAAAGAGAGUUGCUACAGAUCAGCCCCUCCCGCGUAGCCACUUCUCUGCCCAGCACCCCGCGUUGCCGUAGCCCCUUCCUCUGCCCAGCACCGUGCCUCGUCGCUCCUCCCUCUGCCCAGCGCCGCGACUUCCUCUGCCCAGAGUCGCUCCUCCCUCUUCGCAGCUCCUCCUUCCCUCUGUUCAUCUACUCUUUCAUGGGAGUGGGCAUUAUCUUGUGUUGCAUUACUCUCAUAGGUUGCAUUUUUGCCGAAGUAAUUCACGGUUGCUGCCUAUUUUUUUAUACUUUCCUCAUAAAAAUACUCAUACUAAAAGAGGCGACUUUGGUGGCAUUCAUUGCAAUUGAUCGUAAUUGGGAAAAAGAUCUUCCAAUUGAUCCAACCGGUGAACUUGAGAGCCUUCUAUCUUUCAUUGAAGAUAAUAGCAACAUUUGUAAAUGCGUUGGUAUUGCUGUGGUUGUUAUUAGGACCUAGUUAAAUUAGAGAAUUCAUCAUUCACUUUAUAUAUGGAUCACUGUUUUAAUUAAAUAUUCGUACUAU